GGUGCUCAACGUGAGCCAGGAGCAGCGUCCCGGCUCCUCCCCUGCUCAUUUUAAAAGCACUUCUUGUAUUGUUUUUAAGAUGAGAAAUAGGAAAGAAAACGCCGGCUUCUGCGCUCGCUGCCUGCCUCUCUGGCUGUCUGCUUUUGCAGGGCUGCUGGGAGUUUUUAAGCUCUGUGAGAAUCCUGGGAGUUGGUGAUGUCAGACUAGUUGGGUCAUUUGAAGGUUAGCAGCCCGGGUAGGGUUCACCGAAAGUUCACUCGCAUAUAUUAGGCAAUUCAAUCUUUCAUUCUGUGUGACAGAAGUAGUAGGAAGUGAGCUGUUCAGAGGCAGGAGGGUCUAUUCUUUGCCAAAGGGGGGACCAGAAUUCCCCCAUGCGAGCUGUUUGAGGACUGGGAUGCCGAGAACGCGAGCGAUCCGAGCAGGGUUUGUCUGGGCACCGUCGGGGUAGGAUCCGGAACGCAUUCGGAAGGCUUUUUGCAAGCAUUUACUUGGAAGGAGAACUUGGGAUCUUUCUGGGAACCCCCCGCCCCGGCUGGAUUGGCCGAGCAAGCCUGGAAAAUGGUAAAUGAUCAUUUGGAUCAAUUACAGGCUUUUAGCUGGCUUGUCUGUCAUAAUUCAUGAUUCGGGGCUGGGAAAAAGACCAACAGCCUACGUGCCAAAAAAGGGGCAGAGUUUGAUGGAGUUGGGUGGACUUUUCUAUGCCAUUUGCCUCCACACCUAGAGGAUAAGCACUUUUGCAGACAUUCAGUGCAGGGGAGAUCAUGUUUGACUGUAUGGAUGUUCUGUCAGUGAGUCCUGGGCAAAUCCUGGAUUUCUACACUGCGAGUCCGUCUUCCUGCAUGCUCCAGGAGAAAGCUCUCAAAGCAUGCUUCAGUGGAUUGACCCAAACCGAAUGGCAGCAUCGGCACACUGCUCAAUCAAUUGAAACACAGAGCACCAGCUCUGAGGAACUCGUCCCAAGCCCCCCAUCUCCACUUCCUCCCCCUCGAGUGUACAAACCCUGCUUCGUCUGCCAGGACAAAUCAUCAGGGUACCACUAUGGGGUCAGCGCCUGUGAGGGAUGUAAGGGCUUUUUCCGCAGAAGUAUUCAGAAGAAUAUGAUUUACACUUGUCACCGAGAUAAGAACUGUGUUAUUAAUAAAGUCACCAGGAAUCGAUGCCAAUACUGUCGACUCCAGAAGUGCUUUGAAGUGGGAAUGUCCAAAGAAUCUGUCAGGAAUGACAGGAACAAGAAAAAGAAGGAGACUUCGAAGCAAGAAUGCACAGAGAGCUAUGAAAUGACAGCUGAGUUGGACGAUCUCACAGAGAAGAUCCGAAAAGCUCACCAGGAAACUUUCCCUUCACUCUGCCAGCUGGGUAAAUACACCACGAAUUCCAGUGCUGACCAUCGAGUCCGACUGGACCUGGGCCUCUGGGACAAAUUCAGUGAACUGGCCACCAAGUGCAUUAUUAAGAUCGUGGAGUUUGCUAAACGUCUGCCUGGUUUCACUGGCUUGACCAUCGCAGACCAAAUUACCCUGCUGAAGGCCGCCUGCCUGGACAUCCUGAUUCUUAGAAUUUGCACCAGGUAUACCCCAGAACAAGACACCAUGACUUUCUCAGACGGCCUUACCCUAAAUCGAACUCAGAUGCACAAUGCUGGAUUUGGUCCUCUGACUGACCUUGUGUUCACCUUUGCCAACCAGCUCCUGCCUUUGGAAAUGGAUGACACAGAAACAGGCCUUCUCAGUGCCAUCUGCUUAAUCUGUGGAGACCGCCAGGACCUUGAGGAACCGACAAAAGUAGAUAAGCUACAAGAACCAUUGCUGGAAGCACUAAAAAUUUAUAUCAGAAAAAGACGACCCAGCAAGCCUCACAUGUUUCCAAAGAUCUUAAUGAAAAUCACAGAUCUCCGUAGCAUCAGUGCUAAAGGUGCAGAGCGUGUAAUUACCUUGAAAAUGGAAAUUCCUGGAUCAAUGCCACCUCUCAUUCAAGAAAUGCUGGAGAAUUCUGAAGGACAUGAACCCUUGACCCCAAGUUCAAGUGGGAACACAGCAGAGCACAGUCCUAGCAUCUCACCCAGCUCAGUGGAAAACAGUGGGGUCAGUCAGUCACCACUCGUGCAAUAAGACAUUUUCUAGCUACUUCAAACAUUCCCCAGUACCUUCAGUUCCAGGAUUUAAAAUGCAAGAAAAAACAUUUUUACUGCUGCUUAGUUUUUGGACUGAAAAUAUAUUAAAACUCAAGAAGGACCAAGAAGUUUUCAUAUGUAUCAAUAUAUAUACUCCUCACUGUGUAACUUACCUAGAAAUACAAACUUUUCCAAUUCUAAAAAAUCAGCCAUUUCAUGCAACCAGAAACUAGUUAAAAGCUUCUAUUUUCCUCUUUGAACACUCAAGAUUGCAUGGCAAAGACCCAGUCAAAAUGAUUUACCCCUGGUUAAGUUUCUGAAGACUUUGUACAUACAGAAGUAUGGCUCUGUUCUUUCUAUACUGUAUGUUUGGUGCUUUCCUUUUGUCUUGCAUACUCAAAAUAACCAUGACACCAAGGUUAUGAAAUAGACUACUGUACACGUCUACCUAGGUUCAAAAAGAUAACUAACUGUCUUGCUUUCAUGGAAUAGUCAAGACAUCAAGGUAAGGAAACAGGACUAUUGUACAGUAUGACAAGAUAAGGCUGAAGAUAUUCUACUUUAGUUAGUAUGGAAGCUUGUCUUUGCUCUUUCUGAUGCUCUCAAACUGCAUCUUUUAUUUCAUGUUGCCCAGUAAAAGUAUACAAAUUCCCUGCACUAGCAGAAGAGAAUUCUGUAUCAGUGUAACUGCCAGUUCAGUUAAUCAAAUGUCAUUUGUUCAAUUGUUAAUGUCACUUUAAAUUAAAAGUGGUUUAUUACUUGUUUAAUGACAUAACUACACAGUUAAAAAAAAAAAAAAAACAUUUUUACAGUAAUGAUAGCCUCCAAGGCAGAAACACUUUUCAGUGUUAAGUUUUUGUUUACCUGUUCACAAGCCAUUAGGGAAAUUUCAUGGGAUAAUUAGCAGGCUGGUCUACCACCUGGACCAUGUAACUCUAGUGUCCUUCCUGAUUCAUGCCUGAUAUUGGGAUUUUUUUUUCCAGCCUUCUUGAUGCCAAGGGGCUAAUUAAUAUUAACUCCCAAAGACACAGGCAUAGAAUCUGCCUCCUUUGACCUUGUUCAAUCACUAUGAAGCAGAGUGAAAGCUGUGGUAGAGUGGUUAACAGAUACAAGUGUCAGUUUCUUAGUUCUCAUUUAAGCACUAGUGGAAUUUUUUUUUUUUUUUUUGAUAUAUUAGCAAGUCUGUGAUGUACUUUCACUGGCUCUGUUUGUACAUUGAGAUUGUUUGUUUAACAAUGCUUUCUAUGUUCAUAUACUGUUUACCUUUUUCCAUGGAGUCUCCUGGCAAAGAAUAAAAUAUAUUUAUUUUAAA